GCGGCAUAGGCGCCUGGGUGACAGUAACAUAAAGCAACUGGAGAGCGUGAGGGGGUCCGAACAAAUCCGUUUCGAGCCAGCACUGCUUUCUCUCUAAAGAGAAAAUGAAAACCCACCAUCAUGUCUCAAUGACAUAGCACUUUAUCAGGUGCUGACAGGCAGCCACCAGCAAUGGCACGAGAACAGCACCUGUGUGUGAACAGCCUGAAGCUAGACAACUGUGAACACGUAUGGCUUCCUCAAGAAAAUGUCACAGGUCUGAGUGGGCCGGUGCCCAGGAGACCCCGAAAGAUGCGGGUUAUCAAACACAAACCCAGUGCUAUUGUCUUCUCCAAGGGCUGCACUUGGGCAAUGGUGGAGAAGGCAUCCAUGAACAUCAUCGGAGAUCAGCACCUUGAGGAUUGCUCACCAAGUACUUCAACUUCCAAAGAAAAUGGAGAGCCAAGUGACUGCAGCUCAGCCUUCUAUCGAUGUUCCAUGACGCUGCCCUCUACGUGGGACACCAGGCAUGCAGAACUUGAAGCUAAAGAGGCCUGCGACUGGCUGCGAGCUGCCGGCUUUCCACAAUACGCCCAACUCUAUGAAGACUCCUGCUUUCCUAUUGACAUUACUUCUGUGAAAAAGGACCAUGAUUUUCUGGACCGGGAUUCAGUAAAGUCACUUUGCAGGAGACUGACAACACUGAACAAGUGUACCUCGAUGAAGCUGGAGGUGCAUUUUCAACGCAAGCAGAGUGAAGACUCGGAAGAAGAGGACGUUUGUGCCAUCAGUGACCGCUGGGCCUUCCAGCCAGACAGUAAGAGAUGGUCCAGGCUGGACUCCCUCUCCUCUCCCAGCUCCCCGGUAGUGCAGACCACUUUGAAGGCUUCGGCGAGCCGGGAGAGUGUCUUAAGUGACUUAAGUGACUUGGAGGCCACGUCCGUGCACAGUGGAAGCAGCACAAGGGGCAGCUCUGACAGCCAGGUCACCAUGGCCGAGGCCUACUCCACUCUAACCUCUCGUUGCUCCGAGUGCACGGCCGUGUCCAGUCCCCCCGUCCUGCAAGUGGCCGAGCCUUCCAAGCAGUUGCUCAUCGUGGAGGACCAAACAAAAAAGAGGUCCAUAAGCUUCCUGAGGAGAAUUGAUUCCUUCCGUAAGAAAGACAGGAACAAACGAACCUCUCAAAUGGCAAAACCCCAGCUCCCACUGCCAGAGUCAAGUGCCAGUCUACAGUGCACCAGCGACGAGAGCCUGCCAGGCUUAAAGCCCUCUGCAUUUGAGAGAGGUGGCUCCCUGUUCCGGAGAAAGAACAAGACUGUCUCCAAGACAGCAGCAAACCAUGAGAGGAAGGCUGUGUGUGGCAGCCCAGAGGUCAUCCCUCAGGGGCCCAGCUGGACAGCUCCACUGCACAACGGGACUGAUUUAACGGGAGACUCUGUCAUCCACCUUCCUCGAGAUCACAAACCUGGCACCUUCCCCAAAUCCCUUUCCAUUGAGAGCUUGUGUCCAACCCCAUCAGCAGAGCUGAGGAAGUGGCACCUAGACGACCCUUCGUUAGAGAUGUUGACACAGGACAGUGGUGGCUUGCAGGAGCUGGUCAGGUUCCGGCCACGCAGCAGCUCCUGCACUUCUCUUUGUAGCAUCUAUGACAACGUUCCCAUGGCACUUGGCUGCCCUGAGGAACUGCUUCAGCUGAACUCUGGUGACGUUUUCGAGCACCUUGACGACGUUCUGCAGCACAUUCACGGCCUGCAGAAAAAGAUUGACCGGUGGUCGAAGCGUGUCUGCCCCGAACUAGACGAAUCUGACAUUGACCUUGCAAGGGACAUGUCCAGCUUGCGCCUUGAGGAGCACUCCAUGUCGGAUGUGGGUACAGCUGCCAGCGACUUUGACAGCACUGCCAAUUCUCUAAAUGAAGCUGAGGACAUGGAGAUGAGGGAGCGUAGAGAUUCAGGAGUGGGAGCCUCCUUGACUCGGCCCAGCAGGAAGUUACGUUGGCACAGUUUCCAGAACUCGCACCGGCCAAGCCUCAACUCUGCAUCACUGGAGAUUAACCGGCAGUCUGCUGCCCAACUCAAUCUGCUGCAGAAGUUCUCCCUACUCCGUUUAACGGCCAUCAUGGAGAAGUAUUCUGCGUCCAGCAAGCAGGCAUGGAGCUGGACUGUACCAAAGUUCAUGAAGAGGAGCAAAGUGCCUGACUACAAGGACAAGAACGUUUUUGGGGUCCCGCCUAUUGUCAAUGUUCAACGCAGUGGGCAGCCACUUCCUCAGGGCAUUCAGCAAGCAAUGCGAUAUAUUCGAAGCCAGUGUCUGGACCAGGUUGGCAUCUUCAGGAAAUCGGGGGUGAAGUCCCGUAUACAGGCUCUGCGACAGAUGAAUGAGACCUCGCCAGACCGCGUGAGUUAUGAAGGCCAGUCAGCGUAUGAUGUGGCGGACAUGCUGAAGCAGUACUUCCGGGACCUUCCAGAGCCAAUCUUCACUGCCAAACUGACAGACACUUUCCUGCAGAUCUACCAGUGUGUUCCAAAGGAGCAACGUCUCCAGGCUGUCCAGGCAGCUGUCAUCCUUCUCCCAGAUGAGAACCGGGAGGUGCUACAGACCCUUUUGUACUUCCUGAGUGAUAUUGCCUCAGCCCAGGACAACCAGAUGACAGCAGGGAACCUGGCAGUGUGCCUGGCACCUUCCAUCUUUCAUCUGAAUAUCUGCAAGAAGGAAAACCUGUCCCCCAGGUUGGUACACAAGAGAGGCCACAUAGGCAAGCCAGACCAGAAGGACCUAAAUGACAACAUGGCAGCGACACAGGGACUGGGUCAUAUGAUCACUGAGUGCAAGAAACUCUUCCAGAUUCCCCAUGACAUGAUGCUACAGUCUCGGAACUCGUAUAUUGCAGCCGACGCUCACCCGCUACCCCUGAUGAAUGGUCUGGAGGACAGCAGGUGGAACUAUCAGGCCCUUCUGGAGGACGCUGUCCACGGUUUCUUGAAAGAAGCCUCAGAAAAGCUAAAGGGUUGGGUCAGUGUUCCUGGACCAGGCGCCACUGAAUUGGCAUACAAAAAGGUGGGAGAUGGGCACCCCAUUCGACUCUGGAAAGUCUGUACGGAAAUCGAGGCUCCACCAGCUGCUGUGCUGCACCGUCUGCUGCGAGAGCGCCAUCUCUGGGACGACGACUUACUGCACGUUAGAGUUCUUGAGUCGCUAGACAAGAACACCGAGAUUUUCCACUACGUUACCGACAGUAUGGCUCCUCUCCCUCGGCGAGACUUUGUGGUCCUGAGGACUUGGCGCAGUGACCUGCCGAAGGGGGCAUGUGUGUUGGCGGCCUCAUCUGUGGAGCACAGUGAACUGCUGCUGGAAGGUGGGGUGCGAGCUGUACUGCUGACCUGCCGCUAUCUUGUGGAGCCAAGUGGGACGGGCCGCUCACGUCUCACCUACAUGUGCCGGGCAGAUCUACGGGGGCGCUCUCCUGACUGGUAUAACAAGGUGUUUGGACAUCAGUGCUCAGUUGAAGUUUCCAGGAUUCGCGACUCAUUCCCUGUGCUGACUGCCCGUGGACCUGAGACCAAGGUGUAGAUCGCCCAGGCUGCUCACUGACAUAGGCAGCAUCAGGCAGGCUGACCUGUUAUGCCAUUCAUUAAGAGGCAUGAUGGAAAAAGUGGCAAGCCAGUCAUUGUAGUUGGUCAUAUUGGGAGCGGUUCUCUGACUUUGGUGCAGAGGUGGUCCCAAGUCAGCGGGUAUCUAGAGCACUUUCCUGGUCAUCGUGCUUAUUCUUCCUCAGGCACUUCACUGCAACAGUCAGCACCUUCUGUCUUUAAUGAGAAGCCCACUUAUGUCAUUGUAACGUGUGGGACCACAGUGUGAAACAUCUAAGUUCUGAAGUGGCUCUGGUGUUUUAUGAAGGUGUCUUCAAGGAACAGGCGUGGAUGCACCUCAUUUUAGCAAAAAAGAGGCGGUCAUUAUGUUUGCAUCUUCUCCACAAGAUGCAGAGAGCUAAUGAGGGGAGCUGUGUGGUCAGCCCUGUUUCAUCUGGAGCUAUCUGUGUGAUCAGCUUCCUCUUCCAGUUCUGUAUGGCCAGUCCUAUUAGGUUAGCUGUGUCAGAUUAUAAAACCGUUGGCCUCUUUAAACAUGUUUGGUGUGGACAUCAGAAUUCCACCAAGUGAAUGGGGUCAGUCAGGUGACCAAGCACGGUGUGAGCGUCAGUACUUAAGUGGGCCAGGAAAGCGGCACUGUUACGCUCAGCCAGUUCCACGUAGUCAUUAGUUUUCAUGCAGGGUGUGGUCAUCCUAUUUGUUGUCAUCAAGAGUGCCCUUAAUGGUGUGACUGAUCAGACCGAAGGUAUUGUUAAUGGACCAUGAGGUCAUUUGAGUUACUGUGAUUCGUCAAUGAAGUAAGCAACAACGACUGUGGUUAUUGGUCUUUGACGCAGCUACUGCGGUCCGUCAGAUUUGGCAUAUUUGACAUGGCUGCAGGGUUGCAGUAAAUGAAGCCUGAGAUCUCAGAAAAGUUAAUGCAGUCAUCGUAGCGUUCGUGACGGGCCGUGUUUGAGAAGUUACUUUUCAGACACGUCCUCCUGUACCUAAAGAGGUGUUCUAAGGAGAAAUGAACAUCUGUGAUUGUCUUUGAAAGUGAGCCAUUCUCUUGAAACAUAUUUAUUACACACUACACAUGUUUAGUCCAAACCCUCCAUCAAGCCCUGCUGGUGUGCUUUUACGUUUGCCCUUUUGUACCAAUGGAAACUGCAGUGAAGGUGCAGAACUCCUUUUGUCUUCCAUGGUGAUGGAGUGGGUGGGUGGGUGCCAAGUAGUGCAUGUGGCUGACUUUCAGACUUUGAAGGCCACAAGUGACAUCAUGGUGCUUCACUGUGAGAGGGUGGGAUUUUGUUUUUUCUUCUCCAGUUUUUGUGUGUUUGUUUCCAUUCAACAGUCAACAAGAGUGUGGUUAACAAAUAAAUUCCCAGUCCUGGCCAUUUUCCAUGUCACGCUUCUGCCUUUUCAGUCUCCAGUGUGGGCUGUCCACCUGAUGAAGAAGCCCUCAUUGGUUGCCCUUUCGGGGUUGGCACUGUGGCCGUGCCCAGUGGCUGGACAGUAUUACAUUCCUUACAUUUCUCAUAUUUGGUCCUUACAUUUUAUCAGAUGUCUUAUCUGUUGUGUUCCACUUUUAAAUACACUGUCCUCACUAGCUAGACGGAGGCACCGUUUUUUAUUGUUUAUUGUUAAUAUUAUUAUUUAAAGAUUGUAUUUAUAUUUCAAGCCUCAUUCUUGCAGUUUGUGUUUGCCUCAAAUGUCUAUGAAAUACGACAGAACCACAAGGGGGUUUCCAUCUUCUUGUAAUGAUAUAACAGAAAUAAACAUGUCUGGCUGCUUU